AUGGCAGCUCCAGCUUCAGUCCAUCAUGAUCACUCUCAGCCACAAGUAAUCCCACCGGGCCGCAUAGCCGAAUUCAUGGCUUUUCUCAAGUCAAUGCGCAACUUCAAAGGCGAUCUCAGCACCGUCUCCGCCCCCAUUUUCAUUCUCGGUCCAACCUCGCUGACCGAGUAUGUGUCGUACUGGUGUGAACAAGCCUCUCUGUUCGUCGCUCCAGCUAGUCAAUCAACCCCAGAACUUCGCGCUUUGGCCGUUCUCAAAUGGUACCUUUCGACUCUCCGCGGCCAGUAUGGACGACGAGAGGGGAUCGGCAUCGCGACCGGCCCGAUCGCCGCAGGGCGAAAGGGACCUGGAAGGAAGAAGCCUCUGAACCCCAUCUUGGGGGAAAUCUUCAAGGGCCACUGGGACGAUGAAUAUGGGAGCGGAAGAACAGAAUUGAUUGCCGAGCAAGUCAGCCACCAACCACCUGUGACGGCCUAUCAUAUCAGGAAUCUGCAGCACCAGAUCCGCCUUGAGGGUUACCAUCUUCAGAAAACAUACUUUUGCGGCAUGCCACAUAUCGAGAAGAUCGGGCAUGUCAUGCUCUCCCUCGAUCAGUAUGACGAGUCAUAUGUAAUGACAAUGCCGGAUUUGCACCUCAAAGGCUUGCUGCCACCACCCCCGUAUCCUGAGCUUGACCGUAAGACCUUCAUCGCCGGUAACAACGGACUCACAGCAGAGAUCGACUUCUUUGGUCGAGGCUGGAUUAGAGGCAAAAGGAAUUCCUUCCGCGCGAAAUUAUUUUAUCGAGACAAACCUAAAGACAUCCUCUACCGCAUCGAGGGACAAUGGCAGGAUGUGUCUUUUACUGUCUUCAAUGCUUCAGGGGGAAAGCUCGAGAACUUCAAUACUGAUGGCGUUCAUGAAAUCACCCCAAUAACCGUUGCGCCGAUCUCAGAGCAAUCGCCUCUAGAGUCUCGGCGGGUAUGGCAGCACGUCGCGAAUGGUAUUGUGAAAGGAGACUUGGCCACAGCGGCGAUGGAGAAGAACAAAUUGGAAGAGGAGCAGCGAGCACUCAGGCUGAAGGAGAGCACGACAGGAGAUCCAUGGGAACCGAGCUUCUUUCGAGCAGCAAAAGAUUGGAAGGAGGCGGAAGGGCUGCUGAGGAGCGUCGGGGUGAAAAUGGCGAGCGAGGAGACUAGAGGUGUCUGGCGAUGGGUCGGAGGUGAGCAUGGACAGCAGGACAGAUUCCCUUAG